AUGAACCAUGGGCAUUGUAUUCUUGACCUCUCCCAGUAUCCUUUCAUUCAGGGAAAAAUGUUGUUUGCUCAGCCCAAGGAAGCUGGUUUUUCAUUUAGCCACGAUAUCAGUAGUCACUUGGCCAGCCUCUCCAUUGGUGGAAACACGAUCCCCACAGCGGACCCUGCUGUUAAGGAGAAGGCUUUCUGUGCCCUGGAUAACUUGAAUGCGAGUGUUGAAAAACAGGGCCCGAUUAAGAUGUACAUCAAUGAAGUGUGUCGGGAGACUGUGUCACAUUGCUGCAACUCAUUUCUGCAGCAGGCCGGAUUAAAUUUGUUAAUAAGCAUGACAGUUAUUAAUAACAUGCUUGCCAAGUCCGUUUCAGACUUGAAGUUUCCUUUGAUAUCAGAGGGAAGUGGAUGUGCUGAGGUUCAGGUUUUGAAACCGUUGGUGGGUUUGUCUGAAAAGGCAGUCUUGGCGGGGGAAUUGCUGGGUGCCCAAAUGCUGCUCUCGUUCACAUCCCUCUUUAUCAGGAACGGGAACAGACAGGUUCUUCCGGACACCCUGGCCUCUUAGAUGGCCAUGUCGAACAGAACGGGACUGAAUCCACCCAAAACCUGUUGGGCGAACACACCCUUGUGUUCUCAGUCGAGGCAUCUGCAGUGGGUGCUACUGAAGGUCCAGCCCUCGCCAAUCACCACAUCAUGGGGUGAAAGUUACACUUGCUAACAGGAGGACCACACUCUUAUCGGCCAGGCAGGCAGGGUUCCCACGGAGCUCUGAGUAACCUCUUGGUUUUGCAGUCUGCAGGCAAUGCACAUAGUAAAUUAGUCCCUUGCAGCCUCCUUCCUGUGGUAAAGGGAUCAUUUCAGCUGCCCGCUGUCGAUAAAGAACAUCACAUUAUAGCGUCACGAGGGACACCUUGCCUGUGGGGGUCUCCGUGUGUAAGCUGGACUGUUUGGUGGAGACCAGACAGGUAUCGGAGCUUGUGCUGAAAAUGCAGUUUGUAGCUGCUUAGGUUGACUUCUUUUCCAUUUACUCUUUUCUUCUGCGUGAGCUGAUGGAUAGUGAACCUGUUCAUCAAAAAGUACACGCCCCUUCUACGUGCUCUACUGACGUAACCUCAUCCACCCAAGCCUACAUUUGUAUGUAUCAUCAAUAAAGUUGUGUGCUUUGAUUGCCGAAAAGGA